UCUCAUCACUUUUCGCUCCUCAGCAAAAGUCUAAUCUAAAAAUUAGAUUAGAUUGAAAGGGGGCUGCACAUUCCAGUUUAUUAUCUAGGCGGCCUAGAUUAAUCUUGUUUUCUUUUAGUUUUUUUCCAAUCUCAAUCAUGGACGCCCAAAGAGCUUUGCUUGAUGAACUCAUGGGUGCAGCUCGUAAUUUGACUGAAGAAGAGAGGAAGGGGUACAAGGAAAUUACAUGGGACAGUAAGGAAGUGUGCAGCUUCUAUAUGGUUCGCUUUUGCCCCCACGAUUUGUUUGUCAACACAAGAAGUGAUCUAGGACCAUGCCCUAAAAUUCAUGAUCAAAAGUUGAAGGAAAGCUUUGAGAAGUCUCCUAGGCACGACGUAUUUGUUCCAAAGUUUGAGGCUGAGCUGGCUCAUUUCUGUGAGAAAUUGGUUAUGGACUUAGAUAGACGAGUUAGGCGUGGUCGAGAACGUCUUGCUCAAGAGAUUGACGUUCCCCCUCCUCCUCCUAUCCCAGCAGAAAAGUCCGAGCAAUUAGCUGUUUUGGAGGAAAAAAUAAAGAACCUACUGGAACAAGUGGAGUCUCUUGGUGAAGCUGGAAAGGUUGACGAAGCCGAAGCGCUCAUGAGGAAGGUGGAAGUGCUCAAUGCUGAGAAGACAGCUUUAACACAGCAACCUCAACAAGAUAAAGUCUUGAUGAUGGCACAGGAGAAAAAGAUGGCUCUGUGUGAGAUAUGUGGUUCUUUUCUAGUUGCAAAUGAUGCUGCUGAGAGAACUCAGUCGCAUGUCACUGGAAAACAGCAUAUGGGAUAUGGUAUGGUCCGAGAUUAUCUUGCAGAGUACAAGGAAGCUAAGGAGAAGAAAAGAGAGGAAGAAAGAAUAGCCCGGGAAAAAGAAGCAGAAGAAAGGAGGAAGCAAAGGGAGAAAGAGUAUGAAAGCAGACAUGGAAGAAGUGAGUCAUCUGAGAGGGACAGGUAUCGUGAUCGAGAUCACAAUCGGGAACGAGAUCGAUACAGGGAGCGAGAUGGUGACCGUGAAAGAUCUCGAGAGGGGAAUAGCAGAGAAACUCGAGAGGGGGUUAGAGGAUCAGAUUGGAAGUACAGCAGUUCCCGGAAUGGAAGAGAUAGAAGCAGGGAAAGAUACCGCCAGCGUGACAGAAGCCGGUCACGUUCUCCUGUUAGAUAUGGUAACCGGAGAUCAUCCAGGAGUCCAGUCCGUCAAUAUUGAGGACAUUGGAUGGGUGUUUGAAUUUUAAAUGAGAAGAGGUAGUUUUUCCACCACUCACCAGUUUUCAUGAAUGUAUACUUUUGGAGUCAAAGUUCUAUGGUCAUCAUGGGUGAAACUCUUCUUUGUUCUUACAGCUUUAUUGAGACUGUAUCAUCUCCCUAUCAUCGAUAUAUUUAGAGAGAAAAGGUUGAGGUAGGUAUGACUUCGUUGUUGUAACUAUUCAAUGAUCUAUCUAGACUUUGGUUGAUCUAAUUGAUUUAUCAAUCAUCUGUGAUAUGCCUACCAGAGUUCUGGUUCCUUCUUUUUUGGGAUCACUCUGGGAAUCUUUUCUCAAGUAGUUAUAGAACAGAUACUCUAUAUGUGCAUGGAUAUUACUGCUGCUGAAGGAGUUAACAGUUUGAUCAACUGUGAGGUAACAAGUAAAUUUUGAUUUUCUUAACCGUAAAAUGACUUCCUAACUAUCAAUAGUUUGGGCUUUGUGUUUUCUUGUCUGCUCAGAUGACCGAUUGCAGAUUCUUGUACUCCACUUACAUUAGCUGCCAAUGAGCUAAUGAAUAGGGAUCUCCUUAGGUUUUCUCUGAUAAUUUAUCUGAUGAUUUUUGAAAAAAAGGUAAACUCAUUCUUCCUUGAUUAAGUGCCUUAAUGUCUGUUCACUCAACGAGUUGAACUCUGCAGGCACUAUGAAGAUGAAAAGGCAGCUAACCAGACAACAUAAAAGAAGAGAAGUUUAAAAGCAAUCUGGUUAUGGAUAAGAACACAUAAUUUAGUCAAAGAUAUAAGAGCAAGUUGCGGAUGACCCUUAAUAGUCAAUGGUAAUCUUGAUCUCGUCCUUCAUAUUAGCUUUUGAAUUUGUCCACGGAAAUUUGCUUGGGCGUUUUGGCUGUUUCAAACCAACUUAGCAACCAUUUUUUGUUCAAAUAAACCUGUCGCACACAAGACAAGGUCCAAGAUAUUUCUUUUUUGGCUUGGCAGAACCAUUCAUUGAAUGUUUGGAAAUGGAUAUAUUGGUUCUUUGCAUAUUCAGACAUGGUAUGUUAACUUCCACCUGCCUUAGUCUGUGCACUAGGAUGGGAGUCUUCUCCCCUAUGAAGAAUCUAGCACUGAAGAUUCUCGCUUGGAGGUCUUAUUGCAGAAGUUCAAUCUUAAGUUUGCAAAGGGGGUGUCGUAAAUUGAAAUAUAGCGGAUUCAAUUUGCAAACUGUGAACAUCUUUCCAUGUAUUUGUGCAAGGUGCAGUUUUUCAGGUUUUGAUUCUGAUGGGCUGGCUGCAUCUGAAACGCAACUGUUAUUGGAGUACCAAAAUUUUGAGGCGUCUUCUUUUGUGAGUCAAAUCGUCAAUUUUACUAUACCAACUGGAGGGAUUUUGAAGAUCUAUUACUUGGGUUGGUGAUGGAGGCUUGAAGGUGAUUGAACGCUAUAGCUAAUGCAGAUUAGAUAGGUUUUCAGUUUUGUUCUUUUUUCCUUCGCAAAUAGAGUCCUACAUUGCUAGACCUUUUUUCUAUUGCUCUAGAUGGUUUAGCCCCGUGUUUUUUUUUGGAAAAACAUCGCCUAUAUUGAUUGAACUUCAAAUGUAGGAAGGCUGUAUCUUACAUGGUCUCCUAUAAGUAA